AUGUCAUUUUUAAAUAUCUUUGCGUUUAAUCAGGGAGAUGAGACAUGUUCUCCUCCAGAAGAUUCUCGUAUGAUAUCUGGUCGUUAUCGGGUUCUUCCGCGGCGAAAAUCUCUACUUUUUUGGACGUCGCCAAGUCGAGAACAUAGUACUAGUAUAUCAACAGUGUGGUUUGAGGAGGGGGCAUAUGAAGGAGAAUUGAAUGAAAACAGUACGUUACUUGAGGGACUUGUAAUUGCACCUCAAAAAAAAAUUAUUAAACGUAUUCUUUAUGGGUUUUGGAGACGAUUAUUUAUACUUAAUAUUUUGCCAUCAGUGAUUGUUCUUAUUUGGUGUGCUAUUCCUUUUCCUUUAUCGGAAUCUUCAAAUAAUCCUCUAACACCUUUAACAAAAAAAUGUAUUAAUUUUUGGUUUUUUUUAUUUAUAUAUUACGGGUUCUAUAACGCAAUUGGUCUAUUAUGGAUCACUAAGUUAUUUAAUUUAUUUUCUCUUAAUUGGUGGCCAGCAUCAUUAGGAGGCGCUAUAUCAUAUACAUUCUUUUGGACAUUUUCUGUAUUCCUUGGGAGUUUGAUUUAUCUUUUUUCAGAAAAAGCAGAAUAUACGCUGACAUGGAUUCUUUUAACUUUCUGUACUAUGGCGGGUCCAAUAGUUGUUGCAUUUGCAGUUUUGCGUGCUUCACAUAGACAUAUGAAUUGUCAUUCAUCGUCAUAUACAGAAGAAACUUUUUUCAACAGAACUUUUGAUACGCAUUUUCCUUCAAGUUAUAUUCGUUUUCUAUGGUUCUGUCUGAUAUUAGUCAUCGGAUUAGCAGCAUUUGCAGCUGGCGAAGCAUAUGCCAGGCUAUAUUUAAAAACAUUGCCUCAUAGUAGUACAGAUGCCCUUCUCUAUGUAUACUCUUGGAUUACAACAGUGUAUAUAUUGGAUAUGAUUACAGUGUGGAUUUUGAGUUAUAAAAUCAAAAGUGAAUCAUUAGCAUGGGUUUUUAAACUAUAUUAUGCAAUGACUUUACAGAUUUAUGUUCGAAAUUUAUACGCUAGACUUCAUUCGCCUCAACAAUUCGCUGUAAUACAGGGAGCAAGCUCGUUUACAGUCAUCAUUAUCGUACCAGCUCUUAUGACAAAAUGGGCAUACAAAGGAUAUUUAUUUUUCACUAAAAGUCAAAUCGAUUACCAAGAGUAUAAAAGAAACUCUGGAAGAUCAUUUUAUAUUAAAACAUUGGCACAAAACAUAACUAUGAUUUCAUUUCUAGGAUGGGUUUGUAUUCUUCACUUUGGGCCCAAUAAGUCCGUAUAUCCUUAUUUUACAUUUAAUACCAAAGUGUCAUCUAGCGAUGACGUCUAUUCAUUUAAACUAACCUUUUUUGCUACACUGGUAGUUUGGGCAUCUGAACUCAUUAGCUCAUUUAUUACAAGAUUAAUAAUGAAAUUGUUUUUUAAGUUUGAAGUUACGAAUGAGGCAUUGAAGGAUAUGAUGGAAUUCCCUGAUAUAUUGCCAGCUGCACUUUCCGUAUGCAUCCAUGUAUUACAAAAUAUGCUGUUUUCAAUUAUUCAUUUAGAGUUUACAUAA